AUGCGUCCGCUCAAUUUGCUAAUUAGUUUAAGUGCCAUAGUGUUGUUUUGUGCACAAGUGACGAAGGCUGAGCGAGAGAUGGUCAAGAUCGAAAGAAUAUUCUCAUCAUGCAAGAAGUCAUCCCCGGAUUUUGAUGGAUGUAUAAAGAGGGCGUUUAAUAAGCUUCGGAGCUAUUUCAAAGUGGGUAUACCAGAGAUGGGAGUUGCGCCUUUCGACCCACAUUACGCAAAGGAGGUUCGACAAUCGCGCGCCAUUAACGGUGUCGGUUACACACUGAAACUGAACGACGUGUUUGAACGAGGCUGGUCGCAGUCUACCGUCACCAAAUACAAAACGGAUUGGGAAAACCAACGGAUUAUAUAUUCGCAGUACUUUCCAGAAAAAUGGCUGAAUGGUGACUACGAAUUCAAGGGAGACGCUUUUGGUCUGGGCGUGCUCCGCUCCGGCCGAUGGAAUUUGACGCUCCGGGACUACUCACAAACGACACGCAUCAAGCGCAACGGGACCGGCGUCGAUGUUAGUGUUGAAGUCGACCACAUUGGAGACAUGGAGAUACAUGUCGGCAACCUGCUUCGAGGGAAUGGAAUACUCGAAAGCAUGCUGGAUCGCUUGAUAAACGUGACGUGGAAGCCAGGUUUUGCUGUGAUCCGGCCACUGAUCAAUGACCUCGUCAGCACAGCGUUCACCGAUAUCUGGAGCAAAUCUUUUUACAACUUCCCAUUAGAUAACUUCAUCCAAGACUAA